UUAUCGGACUUGCAAAGUCGCAGUUAUUUGUGAACUAGUGAUAUAUAAACUCUAAUAGUGAAGUGUCUAAAUACUAUAGAAAGUGUAAGAAACGUUUGCAUAAAGUUGCAAUCCACCGUCUCAGACAAUAAUUAAGUGGUGUACCAACGAAACGCGUAAGCGACAAGCUGCGCACGGCGCUUACGACCUUCUUCUCGCGACCGAGAGUGCGCGCUGUGCUACAGAGUACCGGACAAGUUAAGAAUAUACCUCAUAAUUAUUAUUUUUUUAUCUAAUCCUUUGUCUUGGUGUUAUUGAUACACAAACGAAUUCCGCUAGUAUGUCUUAUCAAUCCGUUAAAUCAGCGAGUUCUAAACUGUUAUGGGGAUGCUGUAACCAAUCGGAGGAUAAUGGGAAGUAUGCUAAAUGUAUUAAAUGUCUUAAAGCAUACCAUAAUACAUGUCUUUCCUUACCUGAUGAUCAUGAUAUACCUGCCAAGUGGCACUGCCCUGAGUGCUUAAACUCGGGCCCAAAACGUACCAAAUCUGAUAACACUCCUUUACGAAACACCUCAACAACCAGAAGUAAUAAAAGGCCAGCGGUUGGAUCCCCACCUUUAGCGCCUGCCGAAGUUACAUUAGCACAUGACGAUAUUCGUCAAGUUAUAGAGGAAGUAGUUGGAAAGGCACAAACUGAAAUGUUAUCUAGGCUCACGGAAAGUAUGAAAUCUACCCUGAGCCACCUACUGAAACCAAUAAAGGAUCAAAUGGAGAAUAUGGAAAAAUCCAUGGCAUUUAUGAACCAACAGUACGAAGAUCUCUUAAAAAAGUACACUGCUUCGGAGAAAAAUUUAAAGGAGUUACGCAAGGAAAAUUCAGAAGUAAAAGGAUUUGUAAGCGAUUUUUCGUCACGGCUAAUUCAACUGGAACAGCAUACCCGAGCAAACAAUGUUGAAAUUCAAUGCCUGCCCGAAAAAAGACAGGAAAACUUGAUGGAAAUUGUGUCACAGAUAUCUAAAGUGGUAAAAAGCGGUAUUCGAGACGACGACAUUAAGUACUGUACAAGAGUCGCAAAACAGAAUAGCAACAAUACCCGCCCGCGUGCUAUCGUGGUACAACUAGCUUCCCCACGUUGUCGGGAUCAACUUAUCGCAGCUACCGUAAAAUUUAAUAAGCUUAAUCCAGAUAAUAAACUUAAUACAACACAUUUAGGAUACACAGGAACCAAAACCCCGAUAUAUGUUGCGGAACACCUGUCUACCACCAACAAGGCACUCCAUGCUGCUGCGAGAAUUAAAGCCAAGGAAACUGGAUAUCAAUUUGUCUGGGUGAGGGGCGGACGGAUUUUCAUGCGAAAAGCACAAGAAUCAGAACACAUUCUGAUUAGGGAUAUGGAUACGCUAAAUAAGCUUUCCUGAGUUAAGUUUUAGU